AUGAUUCGCUGGCAUGAUCCGAGCUGCAGACGGCCAGCUGUCAGUGUGGCAAGUGGUAUUCCAUGCUGCAAUUACUGCUUUGCCAUUGCAAUCGUCGAGCAAGAAACAAUAGUCACAGAUUCAUCGGUGCCGCUAAACAAAUCCUCUAAUAGUUCUCCCUGGCCAUCAUGCCUCAUUUCAGGUAGCCAAACUAUAUCAAAGAGAAGCACACAACAUGGAGAAAGCGAAUUUCGAACAGACUCUCAAGAGAGCUUAUUCCCAACACUGCCCUCCGAAGAUCACAUACGGCUUGUCAGAUUAGACGCUGGUCGUAUCGAUGGCCUGCUUCAUGUUGACCUGGAAGUGGUGCACAUUUACAAUCAACCGGCUCAGUCAUUUGAAAUCUUGUCAUAUACCUCUGCGAAUGAAAGCGAAGGCUCUGACAGUUCCCAUAUUGUCUUUGUAGGCAAGUACUGGGACAUUGUUUACGUGUCAUACAACUGUCAACAGGCGCUUCGCUUUUGUCGGAACCAGGAUUUUGACCGACUCUUAUGGGUGGACUUAUUAUGCAUUGAUCAGGCAAACCUCAAAGAAAAAAGUCAGCAAACCUCCUUGAGAAGAGAACUUUGCCUGAAGGCAUCUAAAGUUGUCGCCUACUUGGGAGAAGAAACUUCCGACGGUAGAGAAGCUUUGGAAUUUCUCAAGAGCAUGGCUAUAACUGUCCAAGAAAUGAGAACUGGCCAUGAGCAUAUCAACGAAGUUAAUCGAAGAGCUUUGAAAAUCCUUCUAGAAAGACCAUUGUUCACCCGAUUAUGGUUUCUUGUUGAAGUAUUAUUAGCUCGGAACCUUGAGUUAGUUUGCGGUGCACAGUCAGCUCCAUGGCCUAAGGCGCCUUUUGCGCUGGCCCAUGAAGAUGUUCCUAUACCUGACUGGUUGUUCAAGGGAGAAAAGUGGUACGGGCUUACUGAUCGUGAUCUCUUACCCAUACUAUCCCAGACAUCAUCUUACAAAUGUUCCGAUCCGCGGGACAAGGUGUUCGCGGUGCUUAGCUUGAUAUCCCAGAGUGAACUUGACCCCGACUACACUGUUUCCGUUGAAAGGAUAUACACCGGUCUAGCUGCGUACCUUAUCGCAGUUUGCAGUUCGAUGGAUGUUCUCGAAUUCGCUGGUUUAACUGUGAAAACAUUCGACGUCCCCUGCUGGGUCCCAGACUGGUCCCAAGCAUUAUCCACGUUCAGUCAAAUCCUUUCUGCAAGCGAUCAAGACCUCAAUCGGAAACGUAACAAACUCCCAGGCGCACGUCAUGUGCUAUUUCAUGAUUAUCUUGCCUUCAAAUGUGAAAGUCAUCUGAGCGUGGCCACGCCAAUCCUGCGCACUUGCUCUAUCAAGAUCUGCGGGUUACAGGGCAGCAUCAAACGGAAUCGAGGUUAUGAAGAAGGGCCCGAUAGCUUGUUUCUUCUGGGUGGGUGCAAAAGCCCUGUCAUUCUCAGAGAAGGCUCUGCUCCUGGCUCUUAUCUCCUCGUAUCGGCCUGCGCCCUUUCGCUCGGACGACCUCCCUCCAAUUGGCUGCUCCCUUGGGCCAGUAGUAGGGUGACUCAACAGAUCAGCAUCUUAAGACUAUCCUCUGAAGAGAAGAGCUUGAUUCGUGAGGUUCAUCUGGUUAUAGAGCAAACUAGACGGCAAUCUGUCGCCUUAGAUGAUACAAUUCCUGUGCCCUUCUCCAGUGCCAGAGACAAGGUCUUCAGCUUCUCUUUAUGCUUAUUCACGGGAUUACCAGAGCUCGACAGGCAGUUAUGGCGCACAUGGGAAAAAUUUAACAGUGAACUUGGUUGGAUGUUCCGUGACCAACAAGCAACAUGGCUGCUUCUUCAAUUGCUCAAUAACUUGGAUGCUGCCGAAAUACAAGGGCAAGGCCAAAUCAAAAUAGACAGGUGUUAUGAGGUCCUCGCGUUGAAAUAUUCCGGGGUGGAAUAUCCUUCAACAUAUACAUGGGAUCUGAGUCGAUUUGUCUGGUCGUUUUUAAAGCGCCUGGACCCGGAGCAAGCGACCCAGAAACCACAAUGCACUCCAACUCCAAUCCUAAAGAUUAUGAUGAAAUCUCUUCUCCAAAUUCAACAAUGGGCAGCAACAACGGAACAGUUACUGAAGAUAUCUGAAUAUACUCAGACUGUGCUCGGCUCCUGCUGGGAAUCAUUCCCUGGUAGCCACCUGCCUCAGAAGUGGGUUGGUAACUACGAGAACUUCAACAAGGCCGUUGGGACGGAUCUACAUCAAAACAUAACGGACUUAAGACCAUCAUUAGAUUUAUCCUGUCACUGGGACAUACAAGAGUUCGAAGACAAUGCCAGAGCCAGAGAUCGUUUAUGGGAUGUCGAAUUACCUCCCGAACUAGAACCCACAAUCGAUAAUAACAUAGCGGUGCAUGCAGGCUUCAGGUCCUUAGGACUCAAACUAUAUGACGAGCGGAUAAUCGAUAUCGUGUGA